AUGCUGGAGCGGCUCCAGGACCAGACUACCUCGGACAAUCUGUACCUACAGCAAAGUCUCAUCGAAUAUAGCGACGAUGUGCUGGACGAUGAUGAAUAUAAUGAAACCGCCAACCCCAUCAUGGAGAAAACGCUUGAAGAAGUUGGUGCCGAAGGAAUUCGUGUGCUUACCAACUUUACACCGGAAGAAUUUGAAGUAAUUUGGGAGCAAGCUGAAAUCGCCAUGACAUCUCGCUGGAACGAAGGCAGAGGACGUAAAUCAGCCACAUCUGCCAAAGAUGCGUUUUUCAUUACACUAACGGUGCUCAAACACUACCAGUCCAGGGAAAAACAUGCCGUUGACUUUGGUCUCAAAGCGCCGACGUUGGAGAAGCUUGUCGUGAGGGUUGUGGCCGUCUGCUCCGAGCUCCUUUACGAUUCGUUUGUUGUCAAACCAACCAUGACGUCUCUCCGCACGAAAAGCAAAGUCUUCGCCCACUUUCCGUACGCCUUGUACGCGACCGACCAUAAGCUGUACAGAUUCAAGAUUGAGGCAUCCGUCUCACCUGAAGUGCUCCUUGUCGACAUGAGUCCUCACGAGCCUGGCUCUGUGUCCGACUUGACCAUGUUCCGCAACCGGCUUGACGACCACUUGCAAGCGCUGUCCAAAACAGACAAUGAAUUAGCCAUCAACGACAACGGCGAGCUUCCGUGA